AUGGGGCACGAAAGACGGGGCACGAGAGACCGCUCGACGGGGCACGUGGACCACUACGAUGGACAAGCGAUUUACAGUGACGGGGCGUUGAUCUAUGAGCUCGGAGAGUACCUCGGAGGGGGAGUGUAUGAAGCGUUGUCGACUCGGACAAAGCAGCAUGUGGCCAUCAAGAUACUGAACCCCGUUGGCUACAAGCUGUUUCCCAGUUCAUUGCUCGCGCGAUGUCUUGUGGCGGUGCGGGGCAAGCCGGUAGCAGUGCUGCCAAGAGUGGAUGCUGCCGAGGAUGAAGGUGGUGGACGAUUGGCGGUGCUGGAUCGACAGACGUAUGGCGGAAGGCAGUACCGCGUGCGAUCGAAUGGUGCGACGUUGGCUCCGAUGCGCGUGGAGAAUGUGUGGUGGCUGAUCCAUCCGACGUCGAAACAGGCGAUCGCGGCGUCGGAAGACCCCUACACGGGUCAAGUGCGAGAGCUGACACUGCCUCAGUGCAUGGAGAUCUGGAGCGAGCAGCUACGUCAAAGCAGCGAGCGAGGGGCUGGAGAGCAAGCGAUGGACGCGGACGAAUUGCACCAGGAAGUGCGUGUGAAGAACCAACUGAUCACGAUUCCUCGCAUUCCAACGAAGUUUAUCAAGUUUGCCCGCACCCGACGGUCUAUUCACCGUGAGAUAUCCAACAUGUCGGAGCUAGGACGUCAUGACAACGUGCUGCGUCUGGACGAAGCGCUAGAGCUCGUGCAAGACAGUAAAUGCACGACGUUCUUGGUGCUCGAGCUCGCUGGCGGUGGUGAGCUAUUUGACCGCAUCAAGUUGGAUUGCGGCACCGACGAGGAAAGUGCGCGUGUGUACUUUCGGCAGCUCGUAUCGGGCGUGGCGUUUUGCCACCACUCGGGCAUUUGCCACCGCGACCUCAAGCCCGAGAAUUUGCUUCUUGCAGACAAUGAAGAGUUCCCGACGCUGAAAAUUGCUGAUUUUGGACUGUCGGCGAUCUUUGCGUACACGGAUAAGGAUGCGAACGCGAGUGCAAGUCGAACUGAUGGGGUCGACCAGCCGUCGAUUCGUCGAUUGCGCUCGGUCGUGGGGUCCCCCCACUACGUAGCGCCUGAAGUGCUCAUGGACGCUGGCCAAGGGUACGAUGGCGCAAAGGCCGAUGCGUGGUCGAUCGGUAUCAUCUUGUAUGCUUUGACUGCAGGCAGCAUGCCAUUUGGAAAAGACUUGCUCAUGUGCAGUCGCUACGAUCGUUUCCGCAAGUGGUCGUACGACACCAAGUACAGCGAUGAAGACCCGGCGGACGAGGUCGACUUCCCUGCAUGGUUUUUCCCGGCGCAUUUCUCGCUGGAACUGAAAUCUCUGGUCGCGCAGUUGUUGUAUCCGGACGCAUGCAUGCGGUUGUCGGUGGAGGAAUCGCAGCGUCAUGUGUGGGUCCGUAAUGCGCUGCCUGGACAGUCAAGCUUGUCCAUAUUGGACAAUGACCAGCGUCUGAGCAAUUGCGCGCCUUUCAGCGCACCCGAAUGA